AUGGCCACCAGAACAAUUUAUCUCAUCUCCGCUCGCAACACAUCCUUCCAAAGAGCCCACUUCUCAAUAUUUGUCCCGUCGGCUACCAAUCCUGACUGGGGAACCAAAAUACAUGCCGUUGGUGCACCUAUGGCAGGCUAUGUUCUGGAGUUCAAACGAAAUUACAAUCCCAGUCUCGAACCUCACGACCAGAUGUUUCCAAUCGGCCAAGUCCACUCGUCCGACAUCGUUGAUUCCCCAGAUGCGGCUCCAUCCAUCGACUCCACCCCCCGAGGGAAGAUCGAACUAGCGGCAACACAAAUUCCAACUCCGGGGAUCAAUCAGAACUUCAUGGCACCUGUUAAUGAUAUUACCAACAAGCGGUGUCAAGAAUGGACUAUGGAAUAUGUUCGCCAUCUGGUUGCUAAAGGCCUGAUCGACGAAGAAGCGAUUGAGAUCGUUCAAUCUAAACGGGAUUCAGCUACUCACGGAAUUGGACUACAAUCUGUGACUAGACCUACCUAG